AUGGCGCACCAAGCAGAUGCAACGCGCAUGCUCGACGACCGCGGCUACACCGGCACCCUAAUCCGCGGUCAAAAUCCCCUUCUCCUCUUCGAAAAAGCCGUCCGCGAUCGCAUAGUGGACUCAUACUACUGGAAAGAGCAAUGUUUCGGUCUGAACGCCGCCACCCUCUGCGAUCGCGCCGUCGACCUCACCUUCAUUGGUGGUACCUACGGUGUCGGUCAGAAGCCAACACCGUUCCUCUGUCUCGCCUUCAAACUCCUCCAACUCACGCCAGAGAAAGAAAUCAUAUUGCAUUACUUGCAGCAAGAGGAUUGGAAAUACUUGAGAGCUCUGGCGGCAUUUUACAUCCGUUUAACUUGGGAGCCCAAGGAUAUUUAUGAGACUUUGGAGGCAUAUUUGAGUGACUUCAGGAAGUUGAAGAGGAGGACAAGGGAUGCAUACACGUUGAGCUACAUUGAUCAGUUCAUCGAUGAUCUACUCACAAAAGACCGUGUGUGCGCAACUUCGCUCUGGAAGAUGCCGAGUCGUACACAACUGGAGGAUCUCGAUAUACUGGAGCCACGCGUCAGUCCACUGGGAGAUGAGAUUGACGAGCUGGAUGCCGAAGACGAGGAAAUGAAGAAUGGAAGUGAUGGUGAGGUUGAGGAAGUCAGAAAUGAGAAGAAGAAGCAGGAGCAGAAGUUACGACCGCUACGACAGAAGAAGCAGGAGUCGCAGUUAUGA